CGGGGGGAUUAUGGCUCCCUUAACACUUUCUCUCAGCCUCAUCACGCUGGCGCUUUUAAACUCGCACCUUUCCAGAGCCAGCAACCGUCAUGCGGUUUAUUGGAACAGCUCGAACCCGCUGCUUCGGAGGGAGGGCUACACGGUCCAAGUCAGUGUCAACGACUACCUGGACAUCUACUGCCCGCACUACAACACCAGUCAGCGCGGGAUGCUGGAGCGCGUCGUCGCCGAGCAGUACAUCCUCUACAUGGUCAACUACCGCGGCUACUUCACCUGUGACCCCCAGCUGGGCUUCAAACGCUGGGAGUGCAACCGGCCUCACGCACCCCAUGCGCCCAUCAAGUUUUCAGAGAAGUUCCAGCGCUACAGCGCCUUCUCGCUGGGCUACGAGUUCAACGUGGGCCAGGAGUACUACUACAUCUCCACACCCAUCCAUCACCACGGCCACAGCUGCCUGAGACUGAGGAUCUUCGUCUGCUGCUCCACUGCCUCCCAGGCAGAUGACGACUCCAGUCAGACUUCUCCCGACUACACAGUCAGGCCAAACAUCAAGAUACACAACAUCGAUGAGUUUAACCCCGAGGUUCCCAAGCUGGAGAAAAGCGUCAGUGGCAGCAGCCCAUCACGCGACCGCCUUCUUCUCACUGUGGCCAUGCUGCUCGUAUCUGCCGUCCUUUUGUCCUAG